AUGGAAUCCAUGGAAAAGCGAGAAAUCGGCGACGAGGCGGUGUGGACGCUGUCGUCUGCGAAGCAAGGCAAUGGGGUCCAGCAGCUUCGAGAUGAAAACCUCGACACGUAUUGGCAGUCGGACGGCACUCAACCACACUUGAUAAACAUCCAAUUCCACAAGAAGACGACAGUCCAAGAAGUUGCCCUGUACUUGGACUAUAAACUAGACGAAAGCUACACUCCCAAGACGCUCACUGUUCGCGCAGGCACAACAUGUCAAGACCUCGUUGAUGUGUUGACAUACACAAUUGCUGAGCCGUCGGGGUGGACAACCAUACCGCUGACACAACCAGCAGCUCGGUCCCACCUCUCCGAGAAGCCCUUGCGGACAUUCUUGCUGCAACUUGCGAUCACGGGGAUGCAUCAAAACGGUCGGGACACGCACAUUCGUCAAGUCAAAGUGUUUGCUCCGCGGCAAACACAGCGCAACGCAUUUCGAUUUGACUCAUCGUCCUCCGUUCCCGUGGCAUCCUUUGCCAGCAUUCGAUAGCCCCGUCAAUGUAGCCAAAAGACGUCCCGCACGAGAGCGUUGAGACAAGAUGGCUUCAACUCACUUCGUCCUUUCGCGUCACGUCACACGGUGUUCGACUUAUAUGCAUUCGAGGAGCACUACGUCCCAGUUGCUAUCAAAAUGGUGUCGCUGCUCAAACCUGUCGUCCUUUACACAUCCUCCAGCUCGUGUGCUUGUAACCCACACAAAGUGAUUC